GUGUGAACGUGUGGGAAUGGAUAUGUUUGACACUGUUGUGAUAAUAUUGUUGUUGUUGCGUUGCCGUUGGUGUAUAUGUCAAACAACAAAAAUAAGAGAAACGUCAUCCGAAACAUAUUGCACUCGAGGAAGCAUAGAACGCGAUAACAUUUGACUUCCCACAAUAUCUGUCUCACACAUAUUGUAGCAUUUUUUAGCGACAAGCAAUCCAAAAAAACGGCGUACACGUCUAGCUUUAAUUAAAUUAAGUAUAUUUAGACAGUUUUUUUUCGUGAAUUGAUCACCGGUGAUUUAUAUUGAUUUUAAAUUAGUUAAAGAGCUUGCGGUGUUUCCAGACCAAGUGAACGACGCAUUCAAUUUAAAAAUUUAAAACAGAAAUAAUCAUGAAUUUAUUGGCAUAAAUUAGUUGAUCUGCAUUUGAAAGAAACGAUAUCAACGUGAAGCAUUUGAAAGGUGCCAUUCGACCAGUGUAGCAAAUAUUAAAACAAAUUAAUUUUUAAUUUGUGUAAGACAGUAUGGAAUUUGCUGAAUUGAUAUUGACUCCCAAAUUGGACGGCGUUAUAUUACACACACAAACAAACGAACCAGUUGACGGGACACUUUGUAUCACAGGUCAUCAUUUAAUCCUGAGUUCACGUCGAGAAGGCGACCAAGAACUAUGGCUGCUACAUCAUGCAAUCGAUGUUAUUGAACGAAAACCAAUUGUUUUGAAUAAUAUUAUACAAGGCGGCCUCAUUACACUCAAAUGUAAAGAUCUUCGAAUUAUUUCACUCGAAAUUAAUAAAGCGCAAGAAUACUUGAAUGUUGCCACAUCAAUUGAACAACUUUCCAAUUUGAAUAGUCAACAAUAUUUGUAUCCAUUUUUCUAUCGACCAAUGUACACAAUUCUCGAAGAUGGAUAUACAAUGUUCCGUUGUGAGUUGGAAUUUGCAAAAUUGCUUGCAACAGACGAAUGGCGUAUAACGCAUAUCAAUCGCGAUUUUUCGGUGUGUCCAACUUAUGGACCGAAAUUAGUCGUACCGAAAAGCAUUACCGAUGAAGAAAUCAUUCAAUCAGCCGCAUUUAGGGACGGAGGACGAUUUCCGGUGUUGAGUUACCGACAUGAAAACGGAGCAGUUUUAUUGCGAAGUGCACAACCAAGCAGUGCUGCAAAUAAUAAACGAUGUCGAGCCGAUGAAGCAAUAUUAAAUGUGAUUUUAGGACGUAGCAAAAAAGGGUUCAUCGUUGAUACAUGGAGUAAAGGCAAAUCAAAUAGCGAGACCGAUCAACAUUAUAAUCAAUGGCGUAAAGUGACUCGAUCAAUAGGCAGUUUAUCACACGUUUCAAAUAUACUGCAAAGUUUUUCGAAACUCAUUGAAGCGUGUAAUGAUGCAUCCUGCUCAACCGAUAAAUGGUUUGAUCGCUUGGAAAAUUCAAAUUGGUUGACUCUUGUUCUAAACUCGUUGAAUGCAGCGUGCGUUGUUGCUCAAUGUUUGGAUCAAGAAGGAUCACCCUGUUUGGUACAUGGUGGAAAAGGAAUGGACUCAACGCUCAUUGUAACCUCGCUCGUUCAAAUCAUUUUGAAUCCAGACUGUCGAACAGUGCGAGGAAUACAAGCUCUUAUUGAGCGUGAAUGGAUUCAAGCUGGCUAUCCAUUUGCUACACGACAUCGACAUUCCUGUUACACACCAUCACAGCUUCGCCCAAAAACAUCGGCCUCAACAUUUGUUUUAUUCCUUGAUAGCGUCUAUCAAUUGCACUGCCAGUUUCCCUUUAGCUUUGAAUUCAAUACACAAAUGUUGAUUUUACUCUUUGAAAAUAGUUUUUUUAGUUCGUAUGGCACAUUUUUGGCUGAUUCUGAGCGCGAACGCCAAGCAAUCAAAUUACAUACACGAACAACAAGCUUAUGGUCGUACUUGAAUCGACCAGAUGUUUUAAAAUCACUUUUAAAUCCAAUAUAUGAACCAAAUCAAGGUGUGAUUUGGCCAUCUGUUGCACCAAUUUCCUUGGAGCUCUGGACUGAAUUGUAUUUGAGAUGGGUGAUCGAUCAAACACAAACAAAGAACAUGUUUCAUCAAAUUCAGGCGCUAAUCACAAAGGAAAAGGAGACACGAUCCAAAGCGAUAAAACUACGGAACGAACUGAUCGCCUUGACCAAAGAAUAUUAUGAAAUUAGUAAUGAAACCGAAAACAAUUAAGACGCUGGUCAUAAAGAAUUUAUCAAAACUUAUGUAUUUUCUGAAACAAAUCAAUAUAUGAAAUAUAUCAAUUAUUUUUAAAAUUUAUAUAUAUAUAUGCAGUAAAUGUGCCCGAACAAAUCAAUUGUAAUCGCUACCCGAUCCAUCUUUCGUUAUGAAAUAUUGUAUAUUUUUUAUUAAGAGGCUAAAUUCUGCUGUCAGUUAUCAAUCAACAAGAACAAAAAAUAAACAAAAAAAUAUGAAAUCAA